ACAGGAAAGAUGUUGGCUUGGCGGUGUGAUCGCAGCCGGGUUGAAACAAAACUUACUCAUAUUCAUUUCCUUGCAAGACCUCUGCAAAACAGCAUAAGUUUACUUGAAGAACCUCACUUCUCUGUCUGUCUGAAUGAUGAAUCUCUCUGAGUGUCUCAUCAGAAGUUCAUUGGACUUUACUGGACUCUAACUGCCUGGAUCUAAAGAUAUUCAUUUGCUCCUUGAUCAUUGAACUAUCUGUACUAAAGAAUCAGGUCAGUUGAUGUUUGGAUCAGGCGAAACCAAUUUUAGUUUUAAUGAAGGAGGAAUACAUCUGGGAUACAUAUUUGGAUUUCAAAAAUGUCAAUAUUGUGUAACAAUCAUCGAGGUCGUGUCUUGAAAGUGGUAACAUCUUAACUUUAUGAUUGAACUAGAAUGGAAUUAUGACUUCUCUCAGUUCUUUUGACGGUUUGGUAAAAUAGCUCAUUACAUUUGUUAUUUGUUGAGCAAUAUUAUUGUUUCGGAGUAUCAAGAAUAGACACUAUGUUACCUGGAUUUGAAUUCAUCCCUAUCAUCAGCGACGAUUCGCAGUUCAAUGAGGCCGACUUUGACCACGAUACAAUGCCGAUGAACAGCAGCGAUCCAAGUCGAAAUCAGGACUCCAGCGGCAGCGGGGGACGGGGCGUCGAUUCGGGGAGCGUCUCCGGCGAAAGCACGGCAUCGGAUGGAAGCCCAACGUCUUCAUCGUGCAACGUGAAACAUCGCGACACGGGAAAGUCAUCGACGAGCGGAAGCGCACGCCGCCGAAGAGGAAGCGGGAAAGGAGAUGGAGGCGAUGGUCGGAGUAGCUCGCGAGGUCCCAUCAAACCCGUCCAGAGGAACGCGGCGAAUGCUCGUGAACGAACUCGGAUGCGAGUGUUAAGCAAGGCCUUCUCCAAGCUGAAGACGAGUCUGCCGUGGGUUCCGCCUGAUACGAAGCUCUCUAAACUAGAUACACUUCGACUGGCUUCAAGCUACAUUUCUCAUCUCAAAAAGAUAUUAGAUGAUGAUUCGCUCGAUGGAAGGAUGAUGCACCCCAUUAGCCUGACAUGGCCGUUUGCAAUCACCAGUAAGCCACCAGAGAGUGAUGACCAAGAGAACACCCAUUGUGACGUCAUGGAUACCUCAGGCUCGUCACCCAAUCAGAUCAACGAUGAGGAUGGAUGGUGCACAUAACACCUUGUCAGCUAUGUUGACCUUUGACCUCUUGUUGUUAGACUUUGAAGUACAUUUAUUAUGCAACUCGAAACGCCAUUACAGCCUAUCAGAUGGAACUAUGCCAAACUUCUUCCAGCGUUUGAAAGGCUUUUAUAUUGUCGUCGUAUAAUAGUCCUUUUAUAUUAUUUCUUAUAGGCGAUUGAUUAAAUAUAGCCAAGAAAAUAUUUCAUAAAUUCGUUUCUUUCUCC